AUGCUUGCACGAGGUGUUCGAAAUGUUAUUUAUAAUUAUACCGAUGCUCAGCGUAAAGUACGAUCGGCAACAUCAAAUGACGCAUGGGGACCAUCACCCGCACUUAUGCAUGAAAUAGCUGAUUUAACAGAUAAUGUUGUUGCUUAUGCUGAAAUUAUGCCAAUUAUUUGGAAACGUUUAAAUGAUCAUGGUAAAAAUUGGCGUCAUGUUUAUAAAUCACUUGUUUUAUUGGAUCACUUAAUUAAAUACGGCAAUGAACGUGUUAGUCAACAAUGUAAAGAAAAUAUAUUUGCUAUUCAAACAUUAAAAGAUUUUCAAUACAUUGAAGAUCAAAAAGAUCAAGGUUAUAAUGUACGUGAAAAAGCUAAACAACUUGUUGCUUUACUCAAAGAUGAUGAACGUUUACGUAAUGAACGUCGAAAAGCACAAGAAGCUCGUGAACGUUAUGUACGUCAAGCUAUGGGUAUGGAUUCAAAUGGCUCUGUUACAUAUGGACGUCCAACAACAUCAUCAAUGCGACGUAAUAGUAUUGAAGGUAGUGAUGCAUAUGGUGGUACAUCAUAUAUAUCAAGUCAUAAUACAAAUCCAUACUCAACAGCAUAUCGUUCAACAUCAUAUAAUGAUAGCCUUCAUGCAGUUUCAGGUAAAGAUUUUGGCCAACCAACAAGUCAAGAAGAAGAACAACUACAAAUGCAAAUUGCUUUGGCAGAAUCACAACGUGAAGCUGAAGAUGAAGAACGCCGACGUCGAAAUGAUGAAUUAAAACUUAAAAUAGCUUUAGAACGAUCAGUUAACGAAUCAUCAUCUGAAGCAAAUCAUGGACAGUUAUUUGAUCUUAAUACCAAUUCUCAACGUCUUGAUUCAUCACUUUUUGAUACUCAUCAAAGCAAUACUUCAUAUUUACCGCCAACGACAAUAUCAAAUAUUGGUUGGAACACAACAAAUACUAGACCAUCCACUCAUCUUGGUGUCACAACUGCUACAAAUGAUCCUUGGACAUUAGAGUCAAACGGUCGUAAUUCUGCUACAACAGUAUCAAACGAUCCAUGGCAAGGUUCAAAAACAACAACAUCACAAGUUAAUCCGUGGGGUGGAAAUACUCAUACAACUAAUAAUAUUGAUACUGAUCUUUCUAUCAAUAUGUCAGAUCCUUGGGGUCUUGGUACAGUUCAUUCUCAACCAACAACAACAACAAGUUCACCUCCAGCAACUACGAAAACGAUUGAAAAUGAAUUAAGUGACUUUUUUGGAGCUAGUGCAACUAUAUCACCAUCAUAUAAUCAACAACCACAAGUAUCAUCAAAUCCUUGGAAUACAACAUCUUCCCCCAUGAAUACAGGUACUAUUUCUCCAAUAAAUGCAAAUUUAUCAACAGGUGGUAAUAACGGAAACAUACUUUAUCCAACACUAACUAGUAGUAAUAAUUCAAAUCCUACUAGUACAAGUCCAGUAUCAUCUUCAAUAUCUGCAUCUCGUAAAACACCAGAAAGUUUUCUUGGUGAUAAAUUUAUUAAUCUAGUUAAUCUUGACAACCUUGUUACAGAUCCUAGAGGUACAAACCCAUUUGGUUCAAAUGUAUCACGUACACAGAAUCCAUUUGUUAAUACAACAAAACCACCAACACUUGAUCAAUUAACAUCAUCAAAUAAUACUAUUUUUACAAGUGGUUCAUCAUUACCUCCACCACUGAUUCCUUCAUCAUACAAUAACAAUGAUACAACUGUACCACCAUUCAAUACGAAUAAUCCAUUUCUUUGA